AUUUUUAGGCCUUUGAGUGCAGCAACUAAUUCAAUUUGUACUUUAAACGUUGGGAAAACUAUAAAAGCGACGUCUGAGCCAGGCACAGACGCAGGUUUCCAACGACCAAUCGCCGCGAAUAGUCCGCUUCAGUGAAAUAUUCAGGGAAUAACUAAUUUUAUGUAAAAAGUGUUGAAAUUUAAAAAAAUAAAAAAUAAAACGUUUAUUUGCUGCUUUUUAUGUAAAACGCAGAAGUUAGUGAAAGCAAAAGCCGGGAUAUAGUGCUAAUACCAAUACGAGAUUCGAAAUGGAGAGCUUUGCAGCAGUAGCAACACAACUGGGGCCACACUUUGCCCCACUGUCCAAUGGAUCAGUAGUCGACAAGGUCACACCCGAUAUGGCGCACUUAAUUAGCCCAUAUUGGAAUCAGUUCCCCGCCAUGGAUCCCAUUUGGGCGAAAAUUCUAACCGCCUACAUGAUCAUGAUUGGCAGCAUUUCUUGGUGCGGAAACGGCGUGGUGAUUUACAUAUUCGCCACUACCAAGUCGUUGAGGACACCUGCUAACCUUUUGGUCAUUAAUUUGGCCAUAUCCGACUUUGGCAUCAUGAUCACCAAUACGCCCAUGAUGGGCAUCAAUCUGUACUUUGAGACCUGGGUACUCGGCCCAAUGAUGUGUGACAUUUAUGCCGGUCUGGGCUCCGCCUUCGGCUGCAGCUCGAUUUGGUCCAUGUGCAUGAUCUCAUUGGAUCGCUACCAAGUCAUUGUCAAGGGUAUGGCCGGCCGUCCGAUGACAAUUCCAUUGGCAUUGGGCAAGAUUGCCUACAUAUGGUUCAUGUCCAGCAUUUGGUGCCUGGCGCCCGUCUUCGGCUGGAGCAGAUAUGUACCUGAGGGCAACCUGACAUCGUGCGGCAUUGACUACUUGGAGCGCGACUGGAAUCCACGCUCAUAUCUGAUCUUCUACUCGAUCUUUGUCUACUAUAUUCCGCUGUUCUUGAUCUGCUACUCCUACUGGUUCAUCAUUGCUGCCGUCUCUGCCCACGAGAAAGCCAUGCGCGAGCAGGCCAAGAAGAUGAAUGUCAAAUCUCUGCGCUCGUCCGAGGAUGCCGAGAAGAGUGCUGAGGGCAAACUGGCCAAGGUCGCUCUGGUCACCAUCUCGCUGUGGUUCAUGGCGUGGACACCCUAUCUGAUCAUCAACUGCAUGGGCCUGUUCAAGUUCGAGGGCCUGACACCAUUGAACACCAUUUGGGGCGCUUGCUUCGCCAAGUCGGCUGCCUGCUACAAUCCAAUUGUAUAUGGCAUCAGCCAUCCCAAAUACCGCCUGGCUUUGAAAGAGAAAUGCCCAUGCUGUGUCUUUGGCAAGGUCGAUGAUGGCAAGUCCAGCGAUGCUCAGUCCACAGCGACAGCUAGCGAGGCUGAGUCCAAGGCAUAAGGGACCACAACAAGAACAACAACAACAACAACAAUACCACCAACUUAAUACAACAGCAACAGCAACAAAUAGAACAACAUCAAUAACAACAAAACAACAACAACAACAGCAAGAACAACUGCAGCAACAGAACGAAACGCUUUCGAAUAAUAACAGUAAUUUGUUACAUAACAUAAUAAUGUUAACUAACAUUUAUCAAAAUCAAACUUCUGCAAUGUCAAUAAAGACUAAAAAAAUCUAAAAAAAAAAAAAAUAAAUGCAAACGAACUAGAAAA